AUGGAGGAAGUUUCGAUGAAUUGGAUAAAUGAAAGAAUCCAUGACAAAAAACAUUUUACGGCAAGAUGGUUGGAAGUUUUAUCACAAUCCACUGGACAAUCACCGGAUAAUUUGGCCAAAAUUAUUGGAGGCGUUUUAUUUUUGCUUUUGGCACUGGCGAAUAAACAGGUUCGUGAAAAUUCUCGGGAUUCUUGGAGUACUGUGGGCUCGCGCAUUGUGUGCAUUAGUGUGUACACCAAAAACACUAGAGUUUACGCCGGCUUAUUUUUAUUUUUUUAUUUUUGACACGUACUAGUAUUCUCCAAGGGAAAAGCGACAUCGGAGAGAUUCUCAGGGUUCCCAUAUGUUAUACUUUAAGCGUGUCAAUUUCUAAAAUCUGGGGGGGUUCCCAAUUUUUAAAAAUCCCCAGAAAUUUCUUCGCGAAAACACACAGCGCGUAUUUCGCGUCAAGGUUGCGCGUAGGAUUUGUUGUUUGCGGGCUGUCGGUGUUGACAUACACUCUUAUUUUUUCCGUUCUUUCUUUAGGUUUGGGAUUUUUUUGGCCCUCGGCCGUAGUACUAAAGUGUGUCUUCCCAAUGAAACUCUAUAAAUAUGGUUUUUGCAGGGUCAUUACAUUGCCAAUCCAAUCCUCGUCCUUAUUCCAUUUCUACUAAUAUUUGUCUAUCCAAGUGAAAAACCAACCGAUUCGUCACUCUACGUUUAUUUCACAACAUUUGGUUUUCUAACAGUUUUCGAUCGCAAUUUCGAACAUAUUCCACUUUAUUAUGUCAUCAAAUUGCUUAUUCUUCUUCUCCUUUAUCUUCCACCAUUCAAUUUGGCUGAAGUUAUUGAUGAACAAAUCAAGAAAUUGUUGAAUAAUGACGAGAAGCAGGAGAAAAAGGAUGAACCAGCAAAAGCCGAGAGUUCAAAGAGAGAAUCAUUGAGAAAACCACCAUCAAAACGUGAAGCAUUGCCAGAACCUGCACCUGCACCAGCUCAAGAACCUCCAAAAGAGGCUGCAGCUCCCGAACCAGUUGCCGUUCCUGUCCAAGCUCCACAAGAAGCUGCACCUGCUCCACCAGUUGAACCUGCACCUGCUCCGCCAGCUGAACCUGUUGCUGCACCAGCGCCUGAACCUGCACCUGCCCCACCAGCUGAACCUGUUGCUGCUCCAGCCCCUGAGCCUGCAGCUGCUCCACCAGCUGCUCCAGAAGCUCCUCCAGCGCCAACUCCAGAACCACAACAAGUUGCAACACCAGCCCCACCAAUUGAAUCGAAAAGUGGAUCAGAUUUGGCAGCUGGAUCACAACGUAUGAAAUAUUCAGAUAAUCCAAUGGCAUCAGGAAGUUUCCAUAAUUUAAGAUCGGAACCAGAUGGAUUUAAUUCGAAAUGUGAGUUUGAUUCUAGCGAAGCUCUAAACCAAAAAAAUUAUUUUUUUGCAGUAAUUGGACCAGGAAACAAUCUUCACGAUCUCGUAUUUUUCCCAAUGGAUGCUCUCGUUUUCAAUGCUCCAUUCGAUUUCGAAAAUCUCACAUAUCAUAUGAAAGUUCGAAAUAAUUCACAUCAUCGUAUUGCAUAUGCAAUUAAAGGAAAUGCAGUUCCACGUGUCAUGUGUUCUCCACCAAUGGGAAUAUUUGAAUUGAAAGAAACGAAAAUUAUUGCGGUAACAGUGCAGAAAUUCGAAUGGAAUUGUGCGGAUUUUGAAAAAGAUCGUGUUGCAUUCGAUUAUGUUAUUCUACCGGAUAAUGUCAAGGAUAAACAAUUUUCGAUGAAAAUGUUCCAGAAUUGUGAUGCUAAAAGAAGAAAGAAUAUCAAGAUUUUGUAUAAUCCAUGA